UGUCAUCGAAAGACUUCUGAUCUACAUCUUCUGAGCAAUUGACAUGAGGUGCCCAGUUGCAAAAGCUCCCUGGAUCAUAGAGGUCUUGAGAAAGACUAAUGUCCUGGUGCAAAAGGCAUGGGUAUCAGGAUGUGCCAUCAGCUCCAAAGAGAUGCCAAGUCUAGAGCCACCUGAGCAUGGCAUUGCUUCCAUCCCUGGGCCUACAAGCUGGCCAAUAAUAGGCAGCUUAGUAGAUCUCCUCAGGAAAGGAGGCCUGAAAAGGCAGCAUGAAGCUAUGGUAGAGUACCACAAAAGAUUUGGCAAGAUUGUUCGGAUGAAGCUGGGCUCCUUUGAGUCGGUUCACAUUGGGGACCCCAACCUUCUGGAAGCUCUUUACAGGAAGGAGAGCAGUUGUCCACAGAGGUUAGAGAUCAAACCAUGGAAAGCAUACCGUGACUAUAGAAAUGAAGCAUAUGGUCUGCUGAUUAUGGAGGGUGAAGACUGGCAGAGAGUAAGGAGCGCCUUCCAGAAGAAACUUAUGAUGCCAACCGAAGUCGGGAGACUUGAUGGAAAGAUUAACGAGGUUCUUCAAGAUUUCAUGCAAAAAAUAGAUGAUAUCUCUGAUGAGAACGGAAAAGUCAAAGACUUAUACUGUGAGCUGAACAAAUGGUCAUUUGAAACUAUCUCACUGGUAUUCUAUGACAAGCGGUUUGGCCUUCUGCAGAACAAUAUACGGAAAGAAGCUUUAGACUUCAUCGAUUCAGUGAAAACGAUGAUGAGUACAUUUGGCCUGAUGAUGGUAACCCCAGUUGAACUUCAUAAGAGAUGGAACACAAAAAUCUGGAAGGACCAUACGAAGGCCUGGGAUCACAUUUUCAAAACAGUUAAAUAUUACAUCGACAAGAGAUUAAUGAGGCAUGCAGCUAAACCAUCAGAGGACUUUCUUUCUGACAUUUUCAGCUGUAGUAAGAUAACCAAGAAGGAGCUAUAUGCUACAAUUACAGAAAUGCAAAUUGGAGCUGUAGAAUCGACGGCAAACAGUCUGCUCUGGGCCAUCUUCAAUCUUUCCCGAAACCCUGAUGCACAAGAAAUACUCUUCAGAGAGAUAGAAGAUGUUUUACCUGAAAACCAAAUUCCUACUGCUGAAGACAUUAAGAGAAUGCCUUAUCUCAAAGCUUGUCUGAAAGAAUCAAUGAGGUUAAAGCCUUCAGUGCCAUUUACAAGUCGAACCCUUGACAGAGAGACAGUUCUGGGAGAUUAUGCAUUACCUAAAGGGACAAUAGUUAUGAUAAACAGCCAUGCUCUUGGGUCAAAUGAAGAAUAUUUUGAAGAUGGAAAACACUUUAAACCUGAACGCUGGCUUCAGGAAAGGAGUUCCAUUAACCCCUUUGCUCAUGUACCAUUUGGCGUUGGCAAAAGAAUGUGCAUUGGGCGUCGCCUGGCAGAACUGCAGCUACAGCUGGCACUGUGUUGGCUGGUAAGGAAGUACAGAAUACUUGCCACUGACCUUGAGCCCGUUGAAGCACUUCAUUCUGGGAACUUAGUACCCAGCAGAGAACUGCCGGUUGCCUUUCAAAAACGAUAAGGUAACACAGUAAAGAAUAACUUUCAUUUUCUUAACUGAAGUACUUGUACAAGAGAGGUCAAAGAACUUCAAGAGCAAAUGCUUCUGAUAAGCUUACAAAUUCCAGGCAUAAUAAAUCCUCCCAUUCAGAACAGCCAUUAAAGGGCCCAGCGCAAAACAGCUCAGGGUGUUGGAGACCAAAAAAUGAAUUAUGAAGCUACAUUGUUUUUCAGGAAAAACAAACUUAGCCACAAAAGACCUGCUAAGUGUAAGAAAUAGUGACCUGCUAAGUAUGCAGUGACACAACAAUUUCUACUGACUGUCUGCAUUAACUGAUUUCAGAGUGAAAAUUACAUAAUACAACCACAGAUGUCUUGUCCCUCACUGUAUUUUGUUUCUUUGACAUUAGUAGGUGAUUUCUAAAGGCAAACUGGCUAUUUUUCUGUUGAUAUACUAAAGAUAUUUCAUAAAGCAAUCAGAGACAUGUAUUUUUAGCAGAAUGGACACAAUUUAUAAUUUUUUUUGCCAGUCUUUAAAGCUUCUCAACAGCAGAUACAGUACGCAGGAGACACAUACAGCUUUAAAGGAUUAAAUGAGCUAAACACGGCUUGUUCUGUGAAUACAGAUGGAUUGUAAAUUAGGAAAAUACCUUCUACAAUUUAAUUUCAAGGUGUGAUUGCUAUGUUUUAUUUACUGCAUUAUCUUAUGCAACACAAACACUUGCAAAGUCUAGCUGAAACUCACAAAACCUGCUACAUUUUGGUGUCACUAGAACAAAUUCAUACUCUUUCAGUCAGUAGUAACUCUAUCUUUAAUGUUACACAGAUUCGUGUUAAUGAAAAACAAAAUGUUCACACCCUGAUAAUUUAGUAUGCAAGGGUCUAUGCUGAACAUUAUUUUGCAGUUAAGUGCUGUCUUAUUUUUACACACACUGACUCUUUCCAGGUAACUGCCUUUACACAGAUAAAACAGGGAAGAUACAAGUUGUAGGCAAAAGGCAGAAAAAGAAAAGAUGCACACAUGAAGAAACAGACUUUGGAUGCAAAGAUGGGAGAGAUGACUUUUUGUCAUUAGACAUUGUACUACUUUGAUUCUCUUUAGUAAUGGACAUUUCAGGAAAAAUAUAUUCUUUACUCUUGAUUGAAAUUACGCACUCCAUUGUAUGGUUGUAUUGUCAUAUAAUAUAUUGUUCUGUACUGUACUGCGUAUUUUCUGUACUGCAUCAGCAAAUACCAUUCAAACCCAGCCCUGUACCAAGGAUACCUAGGCAGUUCAAAACAAAACCCUCAGCUCUACUGUUGUUUGUAAACGAUAUCUGUCAGUACAUAAAUAUGUGACAACUAGAAGCAGAUACGUUGAACUGUCAUGUUAGCUUUGUACAGAAAAGUUAAUCUGAUGUCUGAACAUGCACACCACCUUGCACUAUCUUGCUGUAAUAUAGUAUAUAAAUGGUUUUGUAUAUUUUGUAAAAAAAAUUGUCACCAACUUUGUGUUUAGUAAGUGUACAGACUUUUUAUAAUUUAACUAUUUUGCCUUCAUUACAAAUAUAAUAAACAUGU